UGCUGCUCAGAGCACUCACCCAGGUACAUGCCACUGCCUCCUCCAGACCCUCUGGCUCCCCCAGCUCAGAGCUCAGGCUCUGGGAUCUUGGCUCCAGGCUCUGCCAGGUCCCCAAGAUGAAGGCUGUGGUGCUCACCUUGGCCCUGCUCUUCCUCACAGGGAGCCAGGCUCAGCAUGAAACACAGCAAGAGGAGCCCCCGUCACAAUGGGAGCAAGUGAAGGCUUUCGCCCAGAUGUAUCUGAAAUCAGCCAAAGUCAGGGGCAGAGAGUACAUAGUCAAGUUUGAAGAGACCGACCUGGCAAAAAAGCUGAACCUGACAGUCCUUGAAAAAUUGGACACCCUGAGCAACAAGGUCGCGGACCUGCAAAAGCAGCUCAACCCGGUGGCCCAGACCAUCUGGGACAAACUGAAGAAAGAGGGGGGGAUGCUGACCGGGGAGCUGAACAAGGACCUGGCGGAGGUGAUGAAGCCCUACCUGGAGGGCAUCCAGAAGAAGUGGCAGGAAAGGGUGGAGCUGCUGGGCCAGGCACUGCCGGGGAGCGUGCAGGAGGAGCUGCAGGAGCUGCAGAAGAAGCUGCGCCAGCUGGGCGAGACGGUGCGGGACGGUUCGCGCACGCUGAUGGAUCGCGCGCGUGGGCAAGUGUUCUCGGAGCGCAUGUUCUCUCUGCUCUUGAUCCUGCAGUCCUUCGGCGAAGACCUGCACCAGUGCAUGGAGCCCGGCGAGGACAAGCUGCGCGAGUGCCUGGAGCCCUACGGGGAGCAGCUGCGCAAGCACCUGCACGAGCACCUGGGGCUGGCGGAGCUGCGGAAGCAGGUGGAGCCCACGCUGCAGCCGCUGUGGGAGAGCCUCCAGGACGGCAUCUCCCAGAGGCUGACCGGCCAGUGAGGCGCCCACUCCCCUCCCCGUCCUCGGUUCCCUUCCCAUCGCUCGGUUUCUGAGAAUAAACGUUUACAAAGCGGGA